AUGGAUGUAAGAACCUUGCUAAACAAUCUGCACAGAGAAAUAUUCUGUCCUGAGUGUAAAAGCACAUUGGAUGAACCAAAGACGCUACAAUGUCUACACAGUGUCUGUCUCCGUUGCCUGAACAACAUCUUGCGAACGAGUGGCCGCCGUGACAUCAUAAAAUGCCCUGAGUGUCAAAGGGAAAGUGAAGUCCCAGAAAGUGGUAAUCUCCAAGAUUUACCGUCUAACUUUCGCAUCGUCAGUGUGCUAGACUUGAAGGCCAUUAAAGAAUGCGAUACUACUGAUGUAAAAUGUGGAAAUUGCGACAAAAUAAGCGCUCAGAGUUGGUACUGUUUCGGAUGUUGGACACUCUGGUGUGAAGAUUGUAUCUCUGCUCACAACGUUAUCCGGGAAAACAAAAAACACCGCGUUUUGGCAACUCGAGACUUUGAAGAUAAAGACUUUGAAGACGUUUUAAAGCGACCAGCAUUUUGUUCCAAGCUUGGACACGAAAGGAGAGAACUUGAAUUCUUUUGCACGAUUUGUGGAACCAUCGUUUGUGACGCUUGCGCCUUGACACAUCACGACGGUCACGACAAGAUACCCUUGAAGCAAGCUGCAAUUGAACGAAGGGAAGAAUUUAAGUCAAAGAUUGAAUCUAAGAAAAAAAGAUUAAAAACAAUGAAAGAUGAAAUGAGAAAUUUCGAAAAAGAGUGGCCUGAAAUUCAAGAAAACGCUGCCUAUGUAGAAAGAAGCGUACAGAAGUUUGCUGAUGAAAUUAUCUCAGUGAUCGAAGCGAAGAAAGAAGCGAUCAUCACUGAAGUGAAAGAGUCAAUACAGUGUCAAGAGGCUAGACAUAGCGAGAAUGAACGCGAGAUAAAAAUUACCGAGGAGGCUCUGGAACUAGCUGAAACACUUCUUAAACGAAGCCCAAACGUUGAAAUUGUUCAGCCUAACAAAUUCAUAGACAACGUUUUGCAAAAUGACCCAGCAAAAGUGGUUCAAGAUUUCGAUGAAAAGAGUGAUGACUCGGAUGUCUUCGGUGACUUCUUGAAAAAUCAAAAGUUUUUUGAUUAUGUGUGCAGGAAAACCAUUGGUACUUUGAAGUUCUUUCCCACCAAAACCAGACCACAUCUGUCAGAUGCCACUGGAAGAGGACUCACUCAAGCGUGCAAAGGGCUGAAAGCAUAUAUAAUUUUGACAACUAGGAACAGAGAAGGUGAACAGUGUUACCAAAAACAUGACUGUGUGACGGUGGUGGGUGGUGAUUCAUAUUCUGAAAAAGAGCUGGAAACACAAAUCCAAGACAACGAAGAUGGAACCUAUGAAAUCAGUUAUUUUCCUGAAUUCAAGCGGCAUGGCUUUAAGCCACUAGAAUCACUCGAGAUACAAGUAAACGGAGAGCAUGUUCAUGGAAGUCCCUUUGCCGUCAGUGUUGAUACAAGAAAGUUCAGUCCCGUCAUGUCUUUUGGACAACAAGGUUCCUCAGAAGGAAUGUUUAAUGGGCCAUGUGGGGUGGCAGUAAAUGAACGCGAUGAAAUUGCAGUGUCUGAUUCUGGUAACCACAGGGUUCAGGUAUUCAGUAGUGAUGGAACUUACUUAAGGUCUUUUGGUGCAGAGGGUGAUAAACAGGGGGAAUUUCACACGCCCUCUGGGAUAGCCUUUGAUGCAAAUGGCAACAUUGUUGUGGGGGACAGUGGUAACCAGCGAAUUCAAUUUUUCAGUGGGGAGGGUGAGUUUAAGAGUCAGAUUGUUAACAGCACAAGUCUUGAUCACUGUUUACCAGAGUCUUGCGGUAUAUCUGUAGACAAUGAUGGCAACAUCAUUGUUCCUGAUUGCCGUGAAAAAUCAGUUAAGAUAUUUUCUCCUAGUGGACAACUUCUGCGUACCAUUGGUGAGGGUCAGCUCUUCUCUCCCAGUCAUUGUAUUCAAUACAGGGACCAUUUUUUUGUGUCAGACAAGGGUGACCAUUGUAUCAAAAAGUUUGAUAGGGAAGGGAGGUUACCGAACAGUUAUGGUAGUGAAGGGGUGGGAAACAAACAGUUCAAUAACCCAUGUUGCUUAUCAGUUGACAAGGCAGGACGACUGAUGAUCUGUGAUAAAUUGAAUCACAGAAUUCAGCUUCUUGAUAUUUCGAGUGGAAAGUUUCAGACUAAGUUUGAUAUAAAAGGAGAGGGUAUUGGAGGCUUGGGUACCCCAGUCUCCAUGGCUGUUCUGAGCAAUGGAAGGAUAGUCGUGUCAGACUCCCUGCACCAUUGUGUUCAUAUCUAUGAGUAG